GUGCUGAUCAGCAUGAUGCGGUUAGUGUCUCUUAUCCUACCGGCCCUCAAAGCAAUACAUAGUCUGCAAUGCCGAGCCUAUUGCCCCAUACCUCACAACAUCAGUUCGUUGCAUUUUGAGUUUCUGUUACUCUUUGAGAGAGUGUGUUGAGUUGCUUUCUUUCCUCUUUUCUCUUCUUCAUCUCUUUUUUUCUUGUUCAUCGUCGCCGGCGACGGGACUGCUGGCAAGUCUGGGAUUACUCCGUACAUUCCUUGAACCACACAUUUACCCAUUUUGUAAUUCGCAAUGGCCGACAUGGAGAAACCGCAGUGUGGCAGUGAGGCGGAUGCUGCUGCUUACGACUUUCCUCUGCACGUUGCUGCAGUUUUCAUUGUGUUCAUUGCUUCCAUCUUCGGUGCUGGUUUCCCAGUAGUGGCAAAGAAGAUCAAGUGGAUGAAGAUCCCACCAAAGGUCUUCUUCUUCUGCAAGCACUUUGGUACUGGUGUGCUCAUUGCCACUGCUUUCGUCCAUCUGCUGCCGACCGCCUUCGCGUCGCUCAACGACCCAUGCCUACCUGAUCUUUUCACCGAGAAGUACCCAGCUCUACCAGGUGUCAUCAUGAUGGGCUCUCUUUUCAUUCUGUUCGUGAUUGAGAUGUGGCUCCAUGCGAAGACUGGCGGUCACAGCCACGGAGGUGCAACAGGCGAAGCAUUCAACGGCGCACAACACUCGACCACCGGCAUCCAGGCCCAGUUCAACAACCCCAUCCGACGCGUCGACAGCUACGAUUCGCAAAAGACGAUGCUGGCUAUGCGGGACGAGAAGCGAGGAUGGACUCAGGAGUCAACUUACCCCGUCGACAACUUCCCGUUCCCCAAGAGCGAGAGCGACGAGCUCGAGGCCAAAUCUGAAAUGCCACCAUGGUUCAUCGUCUUCUACGAGCAGUAUGUGCGCCAGCGCGACGAGAUGCUUGCCACGAUUAACCGCGCCAUGCCUGCUCUCCCCAAUUAUCAACAGCAGCAGGCCGCUCCAGCGCCGCAAGAGAACUCAUACUUUGACGAUGAUGUCGAGCAGGCCGUUGACCCUCUCGUCCUCAAGAAGCAGUCCAUGCAGAUCACGCUGAUUGAAGGUGGUAUUCUGUUCCACUCCGUUUUCGUUGGCAUGACCAUUUCCAUCACAGCCGAGGGCUUCAUCAUCCUUCUCAUUGCCAUUGUCUUCCAUCAAAUGUUCGAAGGUCUCGGUCUCGGCACGCGUAUCGCGGAUGUUCCCUACCCUAAGAACAGCUGGAAGCCCUGGGCUCUCGUUGUUGCUUUCGGUACCACCGCGCCCAUUGGCCAGGCCAUCGGACUCUUCACUCGUGGAUCUUACGAUCCGAACUCGGCAUUUGGACUUAUUAUUGUCGGAGUAUUCAACGCUAUUUCCUCUGGUCUGCUCAUCUACGCUGCCCUCGUUGAUCUGUUGGCUGAGGACUUCCUCUCUGAAGAGGCUCAACACACAAUGACUGGCAAGACUAAGACUACUGCGUUCUGCUACGUCCUCAUGGGUGCAGCUGGUAUGUCCAUUGUCGGAGCCUUUGCUUAAGCGCGCACAGUCACAGCUGUGCUGAGCG